CAGCAGUUUUAAGCGGCUUCUCUAAAUAUUUCAUUUGCUUCGUUGACACGAAAAUGUUUACCAUAUCCGAAUUUCGAAUAUGAUCAUCUGUCUUAUAACCAGUAUGUGGUGACUAGUAUCCUUAUUUUACACGAAAAGUGUUUCCCAAAUGUUCUAAAAGAAGGCGGUUUACAAUACUGUUACGAUUUGUGAUGAAACGAAUAGUUCACUCUUCUAUCACAUUUCUAAGAAGCAGAAUAAAAUUAGUUAUUUUGGCUGUCAUCCUCUUGGCUGCAAUAGAACAUUUCGGACUGUUUCUGCACCUGUUUGAAAGAGACUACAGUAGUUUUUCUUAUCCUUUAGAAAUUCCAAUAGGCGAAACUCUGGAAACUAUCCGGAAAGGUCUGAAGCCCCCCUACCAACCAAUCAACGUGUACAAUUACAGUUACAAGAUUACGAGUUUGCACAAAUGUCGAGCCCUGGAUAAUGAAUAUGAAAAGAUUGUGAUAUUGUACGUCAUCAAGUCAGCAAUCCCACACCUAAGCAGACGAGAUGCCAUACGCAAAUCAUGGGGGUGGGAAAAUCGGUUUUCAGACGUCAAUAUUCGAAGGAUAUUUGUUCUCGGCUUAACCACAGAGUUCGGGAUGCAGGAGCAAAUUGACGACGAAGCGAUAAAAAACAAAGACAUUGUCCAAGCAGAAUUCAUGGACAAUUAUUACAAUAACACCAUCAAGACGAUGAUGGCUUUCAAGUGGGUAACUCAGAAUUGCCCCAAAACUCAAUUCAUUGCCUUUGCUGAUGACGACAUGUAUGUGUCGACGAAGAAUUUGCUUAAGUUCGUCAGGAAUCCUUUCAACAGGAGAGUUGGAUUCAGAAGACGAAGAUCCGUAGAUUAUCCUCUGUAUCAAGAUCCCUUGUUGAGUGCAUUCGAUGGAAGACUCUUUUCCGGCUUCCUGUUCGACUCUUCCCCUAUGAGGCACAAAUCCAGCAAGUGGUUUGUGAGCCUGGCGGAGUACCCCUUCUCCAGGUACCCGCCUUACGUUACAGCAGGUGCUUUCGUACUGUCGUACCCCGCUCUGGAGGACAUGUACUACGCCAGCCUCUUCACGAAGCACUUCCGCUUCGACGACGUGUACCUCGGAAUUCUCGCUAAGAAGUGCGGAAUCACACCUCUCCACAACGAACACUUCCACUUUUGGCGAAAGGAGUACACCAAGGAAGGGUACCGGAAUGUGAUAGCGUCCCACGGCUUUGGCGACCCCCAAGAACUGACAGCAAUUUAUGAAGAACAGCGAAGUGCAGGUCAUGCGUGA